AUGUCCUCCAACGAUUACUACGGUAGUGGUCACGGCCAGCAGGGUGGUUACCCUCAGCAGCCGAACUACGGCCAACCUCAAGGCUACGGCCAACAGGGCGGGUAUCCUCAGCAGCCGCAGUAUUCUCAACAGCAGCAGUCUCACCAGCAACCCCAGGGCUACGGCUACAACCAACAGCCUCAACAACCUCAAUACAGCUCGCACUCCCCACAGCCCAGCUACGGCUCCCACGCUCCUCCCCAGCAGGGCUACGGCCAGCAACAGCACUACGGCCAACCAAACUACGACCAGCACAGUUCAUCGCCUUACCCCCAGCAGCAACAGCAGCACGGCGGUUCUCAAUACGGCGCCCCUGCCUAUCCUCAGGGCGGCGCUCCAGGACAAUACCCUCCCGGCCAGCCCGGCCCCGACGGUGACCGCGGUCUAGGUGCUACCCUCGUCGGCGGAGGUGCCGCUGCUUGGGCUGCGCACACUGCUGGAGGUGGUCUCCUCGGCAGUCUCGGUGCUGCAGCCGCUGGUGCUAUCGGCGCCAACGUCCUCGAGAACAAGUUCAAGAAGGGCAAGAAGGACAAGAAGCAUAAGAAGGAUAAGAAGCACAAGACCCGCGGUGUUAAUGGAAGCUCCAGUAGCAGCAGCGACUCUGACUAA